AUGCCACAGCAGAAGCCGCAAACACAGACACCACAGCAGAAGCCGCAAACACAGACACCACAGCAGAAGCCGCAAACACAGACACCGCAGCAAAAGCAAGGAUCACAAAGUGCUCCCAAACCCAAAGCCAACAAUGCAUCUUCCAUUCCUGACAAACCAGCCAUCCCGGAGCAUGACGUGAAACAAAACUCGUCCAUGAGCGCCCAGCUCGCCCUCGAAGCCGCCAAGAAAGCCUACGAACUCCGCCAGGCAGCGUAUGGUGCCGGUGAUCCAAAUGCACGCGAAGAGAUUUUGGCCAAAGCCGUCAACAAGGAGAUCGAGGCCGAGUCUUUUGGCAAGGCCGCUAAAUAUACUCGCUCGGGCGCGUUCCAGGGCCUUGCUGCCGGUGCUGGCCUCGGUGUCCAACCCGGCGUUACCCUGGGCAAAUUGACCGGCGCCCUGGUCGGUGGUGUGGUGUCCUCGGCGGGUGCUUUACUGGGAGGUGGUGUUGGAUCUGCAUACGGCGCUAUCAGUGGUCCGUUCUGGGAUUUAGGCCAGAUGGCAAGUCAAGGUGUAAGGAGUAUUGUGGGCGAUUUUCCCAACUGGGAGGCCACAUCAAGUCAGAAGAAGGAGCUGGAGAAGAUGGUGAUGGGCGCGCAGCAGACGAAAGCUCCGAGUCAACAAGAACUGCAGGAGAUGCGGGAUGACGACGGAGGGCGAGGUCAGCAGGAUUACCAGCAAUGGGCCAAGGAUUUGACAAGCUACAUCCCCAGUAUGCCAUCCAUGCCGAAUAUGCCGCCGAUGCCUUCAAUGCCGUCGAUACCAGGGCUGGGCGGACAAUCCAAAGGGAACAACUCUGAAACUGGGUCAAAGACCGCGACAGUAUCCAAUCCGAUCCAGCAACCAAAAGCACCAGCAAAGCCGAAGACCACGACAGCAUCAAAUCAGAGUCAGCAGCCUAAAGCACCAGCAAAGCCUCAAGCUCCUCCAAAGCCCCAAGCUACUCCUCUCAAAGCACCUAGUCAGACCACCAAAUCACAAUCCCCACCAAAGACAAAUGAAACUACGCCGAGGAAGAAGCCAAAGAAGCUGGAAACCAGAUCGACGGGAACCACCCCACAGUCUAGCCAAUCCACCCCUCGAAGGAAGCCACCGAAAUUGGAGACGCGAGCCAAAACCACGACAGCAAAUGCUUGA